CUUUAAACAUCUCCUCCACAGGAGUCUUUGCCCUUGUCCUGUCUUUCUCUCGUAAGUACUAUCUGAUCCAGCAGGGGAAAACAUGGAACGACGCUAAGGCUUUCUGCCGAGCCACAUACACUGACCUGGCUAUCAUCAAAAGUUAUAAUGAGAUGGCCAAUCUUCAGAGCGCAGCACAGACACAACAAUUCUCAGGUGAUGCUUGGAUUGGACUGUACACGAACAUCAACAGCUGGCACUGGAGCUUCCAAAAUGAGUCACUGGGAGAUUUUACAUCAUGGGGAGUCCAGCAACCUGACGACAAGAAUGGAGAUGAGUUGUGUGGUUACAUAUCUCAUUGGAUUUGGUAUGAUGCACCAUGUACCUAUUCAUUCCCAUUUGUUUGUUUUGAUGACAGGGAGAAUGCUACUGAGCGUUAUGUUCUAAUCAAUCAGUAUAAGUCGUGGUUUGAUGCUCAAAGUUACUGUAGGCAGCACCAUACAGACCUGGCCAGUGUGAGAAACACAACAGUAAAUGCAAUUGUAGGGAGUAAGAAUGACUGGACCUGGACUUGGAUUGGCCUUGUGAGAGACCCCUGGUAUUGGACAGACCGGACCACCGACGUGUCAGUCAUUAAGUGGUCGCAGGGAAACGCUGAUGAUUAUCUGAUGAAUAAAAGUUGUGUCUAUUUAAAUGGUGGUUUGGCUGAUGUAGAACAGUGCUCAAACAUACUGCCUUUCUUCUGUUAUGUAUUCCCAACACAGAAGAAGACCAUAAGAAUGAAGUUGAAGUCCAGUCAGGAUGUGAAUGAUCCUACAAUAAUGACAGCUAUUGAGGAGAAGCUGAAGCAGAAACUGAAGGAUUAUGGAAUGGCUGAGAACAUCACUGUGACAUGGAGAAAGCAACCAGAUGGAGUGGUGUUUCACCAGGAGGAGGAAAACAUUACUGCAGUGACUAACACUAGGGAGACUUGUGAUCUCUAAAUCUCAUAUAGUGUAAAUUCUGUAGUGCACUGAUUACUUUUAGUUUGAGGACACAUAGUGUGUAAUAUUUUGGAGUUCUUAGAUAGAACUUUUACUAGUAAAAGAUCCCUGAGUUACUAAAGUCUGUGUAAAUGCUGUCACAAAUACAUGAGCAUAUACAGUAAAUGUAUGCUAAAUCUUUGCUUUUUUUUUUUAAGUGAUUUUUUUCACUUCUGCUUGUAAGACAGUUGAUUUAGAUUUGAUUUCAUUCUGUACUUUUAAAUGUUCAAUUUAUUAACUGUUUCUUCUUUCUUUAUAAGACUAUAGAUUUCAAUCUGACACUGAAUGUUAUGUUGUAUUAUAGUACAUAUAUUUAUUGUACAUAAACCAACAGCCCUCUAUAUGAUCUAGAAUAUUUAUUUAGUUUUACUGUGUCUGAUUGUCCUGAGAACAUCGGACAGAUACAAAAACUCUGAUAGACUUUACUACUUUAGUGCAUUUUGAUUCCCUUUUACUGAAAAUAUGGAUGAAG